UCCAAUAAUAACCCCAAGUUUUCUUUCUCUGAAUACUGUGUCUUGUGUGACUUUUGUAGGUCACUUUUCAGUUCCCACACAUUUAGGUGGGCUCAAGUGUCACGUCCCUCUUUUUCUAGAUGAUGCCAGAUGUUUUCUCAGUGGGGCAAACAUCAGACAUUUGACAGGGUGAGAUCACAGGUAAAUUGAUCCCAUUGGCUAUAACCGUAAAAGGAAAAGGGUACCUUGGCAUGAGUCUGUAUUACAACAUGGCAUAAGGGUGAGAAGUGUUGGCACAAGAUACAACAGCCCAGUUGUCCAUGAAACGUUGUAAACAGCCCUAUAAUAAGCCUACUAUAGAACAAUAUCUCAUUUGAAGCAUACAGAUAUUUCUUAAGAAGAGACUAAGCAUAUGUAUAGAUUAGACAUGACUUGUUAAAAUUGCAAAAUGUUAAGUCUCAAAAGGCUCACAAACCCCCAAAAAAUUGAGGGGUGUAAAUAUGGUGUGUGAAAUAACUGUUGAUGCGAAACUUCGUGCUCCCUAGUAAAUCAUUGCGUAAUGUUACCAUGUUAAUCGGAAUUCUGAUUUCCCUCAAAUUCUAUCCGCACUCUGAUUGGAACCAGAACGCCGGUCACCAUGGUAACAUUUCGCUAUGAUUUAUUGGGGAGCACGAAGUUUAGCAAGUCUUGAAACUAAUGAGCUACGAUUAUUAAUUAGCAGUUUGAACGUGUCAUGUUCAAGGAAACAGAGUUUCUGCAGAGGGGACCAAACGUGUUGUCAUCUAGCCAUCACCCCAGAGAGCAUCAGCAGCUUGAGAAGGCUCCUGCACACCUGAGGCCCCUCUGUCUCCAAGAGAAGCCAACAAAGUUGAAUGUUAAUAAUGAAGACAUACCAUGUCCUGCAUUUAAGUUGAGUGGAGCACACUGGUUUCACAGCACAUGGAGAUAACACGGCCUCUUCAUAAUUGUAACAGCAAAUCAGGGAUAUCUUCAGAAAAGUUGAACAAUGUUUCAUUGAUGAAAGAAACAAAUGAAUCAGAGACGCGUAGAGCAUCCUACAGGCAUUCACCGACGGCGUUCGACUCUGCCUGCUCCCCAAGACGCAGUGGCUCAGGAGACCGGGCUCUCGUGACAAACUAUAAAUCUGAGAUGAUAGUCGAUUUGGAGAAUACGGUGGACAGACUGAAAAACGCUCUGGUGUCACUGGAGGAGGACAACCUGAGCCUCAACAAGAAGAUAAGAGAAAACAAGGCGGAAGACCGCCCAUCUUUGGCCAAUCACAAUGUCUUAAGCUCAACAAGUGGCAACAAUUCACAGGAACGCCCAUCUUUGAUCAAUCACAAUGUCUUAGGCUCAACAAGUGGCAACAAUUCACAGGAAAUGGCUGGUGAUCACAGUCCCACCUCCAAACUCAAUACCCACACUGUCACUUUCAACAUUGCCAAAACAUACCCAGAAAGUCAGAGGCAAGAUACACCAUCCAAGAUAGAGGAGACUAGGAUGAGAGAGAUGCUCAAAAUGGAGAGCCUAUCCUUGGAGGACAGGUGUGUUUACUUGGAGAAGGAGAAACAGGACUUGCGGAGGAAGCUGCGGAAGACGGAGGACUACUGCAAGGAGUGCGUCCGCGAGCUCAAGAGGAUCCUUCCAAAGUACGAGGACCUCAAAGCCUUGAAUAAAACCCUGGAUAAGUGCAACAAGCAGCAGGCCGCAGAGAACCGCAGACUUGUCAACGCUCUUGAGGCCGAAAGCCAGGCAAGAGAGAGAUCCAGGGAUCCCAGCCUGGCUCGGGGGCCCAAAGAAGUGGAUGGUGACAACCGGGUGUGGGUUCAACUGGAGAGGGCCAACGAUCGCUGCACCCAGCUCACCCAGGAGAAGGGGCAGCUGGAAGACCGAAUGGCCUCGCUGGCAAGGGAGGUCAGACGGCUCACGAACGAGCUGGAUAUGAGCUGGGCUGAACUCCAUCGGCUAGGGGCCAGGCGUAGAAGCUCCCUUGAGGGGAGCACGACUAGGGACGGCAGCCCUCUGGCCUCGUCGGGCAACAAACACCUGGCCGAACGCAUCCUAGACAGCGUGGGGAAAGAGCGCAAGGCCCUGUCGGGCUCUGUGGCCCAUCUCAAAGAGGAGAACAAGACACUACGAGAGAACCUCAAGCAGAGCGUCAAGAGGGGUGAGGAGGCAGAGGGCGGAGCCAAGCAGCUGAGGGAAUUGCAGGCCAUAUUAGAAAGCUGCCUGCUCACGGUGCAGAAGGAGAAAGACCUGCUUCAGCUGGAGGUGCGGCAGCUCCACCAGGAGUACAUUGAUCUCAGCAGUAGCAUCUCGCUGCAGCUGAGAGAGAGGAGCCCCGUCACCACUGCCAGGAUAUUAGCAGGGUCACAUGAGGUGAUUGAUGAUGGAGCCAGGCAGCAAGAGAGUCCAAGGCAGCCUCUGAACAGCAGCCCUGUUACCAGAGAAAUGCUGGAUUGGCCUGUAGGCGGAGAGGCAAUUGACCAUAUAAGGAAGCGUAUCGAGGAGGAGGAGCAGAGGUACAAAAACAUCAUCAAUCAGAAUAAAUGAGGCUGUAGCUGGAUCAGUCGGCCAGGCAGACUGGGUGUUGACCUCUACCUCCCGUACCACGACCUGUGUGACAGAGGAGUCCGGAGGAGUCAAACAUACUGUAGCUUAUCGUAAGAGCUCUCUGCACCACUUUACCAACAAUGUGCCCGUCACAGUCAUGUACCAUAUGCACUGUAUAGAUUUGAAUUCCCUGAUUAUAUUAUGCUUUUCAAAUGAUUUUGUCAGUGUUAUCAUUUCUGAUGUUAUUUACUUGAGAAUUCGAGCUACUGUAGAUAACUGGCAUAUCAAGGCUUGGGACGAUGCCAGUAUUACCAUACUGGUUAGUAAUGUUGCAAGGAAACAAAACAUGAAGUGGAUUUCACUUCUUUAGGAAAACCGCUUUGAUGUUGGAAACAAACAUUAUAUUGUCAUCCAGAGUCCACAUGUAUUUAUUUUCCAAGCUAUAGCACAUAAAAUGUUAUAUAUAAAAGGUUUUUAAAGGACCAAAGGGUUUGGUCUGCUUCUUGUUUUAAUUUCUGUCAUGGGGAAAAAAUAUUGUGAUUGCGAUCAAAGGCACUGCAUCUCGGUGCACGAGGUGUCACUACAGUCCCUGGUUCAAAUCCAGGCCGAAUCACAUCCGGCCGUGAUCGGGAGUCCCGUAAGGC